AUGUGGAGGGUGACAAUGAAGAAAGUGAAAGUGAUGAUUAAGUUAAAGAAGUUGCAGCACCAAAUGAAUCUCAAGGACUUGAAAGUACUUCUACAAAGAAAAGAAAAACGAGGACAACAAAUUCUGAUGUUUGGAAAAGUUUUACUAAAUUACCUAGAAAAACACCAGAUGAAAUCUUAUAUUAUGUGUGCAACAAAUGUGGUAAAAGAUAUCAAGCAAGAAGUGCUUGCAGUACCGAAGAGGAUUUUAAAUUUUUCCGAAUUCCCUCCUCCACAUACUGGUGUUGCUAUUGCGGAAAUGAUUAGUGGGUUGAUAAAAAGUUGGGUAAUUGAAAGGAAGUUGUUUUCUAUCACUUUGGAUAAUGCUUCCUCCAAUGAUGUUUGCGUUGGAUUGCUUAAGAAUCAAUUUCGUUUGAUGACUUCUUUAGUAUAUGAUGGUAAGCUGUUUCAUUUGAGAUGUUGUGCCCAUAUUCUUAAUUUGAUUGUUCAAGAUGGGUUGAAACAAAUUGAUGUUGAUGUGGAAAAAUUUAGAGAAUGUGUGAAAUAUGUCAAAGGAUCUUCAGCAAGAAAAACAAGGUUUUGUCAAUGUUGCUCACAAAAUCUUUUGGACACCAAUAAAGCUUUGAUGCAAGAUGUUCCUACUAGGUGGAAUUCCACGUAUAGGAUGCUUUCUUGUGAACUUUAUUAUCGACUAACCUUUUCGCAUCUUAGUUUGAGUGAUUCUAACUUUCAAGAUUGCCCGUCUUCUGAUGAAUGGGAAAGAAUUGAGAAAAUGUGUAGCUUUCUGAAAGUGUUUUAUGAUGCGGCUUUUCAGUUCUCGGGAUCUCUUUAUCCUGCUUCAAAUUUGUAUUUCCCUCAAAUCUUUGGAAUACAUUUUAUGUUGGUUGAAGAGAUGAAAAGUCCUGAUGAGUAUAUGAAAAAAUAG